CGAUCAGGAAGUAUGCCCGACUGUUUGUUAAACACGUCAAGUCUAGCGGGAUUUAAGAUGGCUGUUUCAGGAAACGUGAAAUAUUGAAGUUGUAACAAUGUUUCAUGACCAACAAUUGAAGAAUACCAAGUACAGAAACUGGGUAAAAGCCGGCCUUGGCCUUAAGUAUUUAGGAAAUGGGUUAGCUCCCCUUGUUGAUGAUGCAAUUAAGAGGCAACAUAGUGACAUUCUUUCUGACAUUGACAGAACCCAUGGCGCACGUUCAAGAUGUGGACGUUGCCGACUAGAAACACUACUUCCAAUCCAUACACCAGAUCCAGGCAACAAAUGCCCUUUAGAACAUAGGCCGUCAUGUAAUUGUCGGUCAUCGCGGGGGAAAACACUUUGUCCUAGUAGACUUUGUAGCGCAAUCUAUGACACACUUAUCAUUCAACACCGAUAUUCAUCCCCUAAUUGGAAAAAUACAGACGUUUCACAAUGGUUUGAUAAUUACUGGCAAAUUGCGAAGGUAUUUAUCCCAGCUGGAGGAUACUAUGCGAAUGUUGCAGCUCACGACACAGACUGUGCAGGGCUAUUAAACAUUAUCAUCAACAACACAAUAAUGCAUACCCUCUUUGACACUGUGAUUGAUGCUCCGAACGACAUAUUCUCAAAGACAAGAGCAGCACGUGACAGCUUAUUCCAUUCUUCAAGUUUAGAGCUGGAAGAUGCUAAGUUAGGAGCAAUUCUCGAUAACAUGGUAGCUAUACUUGAAGACGAAAAGCAACUGAAAAAUACUCAAUCGGCAAUUGAUGCUAGGGAAAACAUCAGACGGCUGAGAAAUCAAAAUUUUGUUAUUACUAUCUACAACGAAGAAAGUAUAAGAAAAUCUGCAAUUGAUGCUAUUAAGGAGUUAGAACAGUGUGCUUUAGAAUCAAUCAGAGAAAAACAGAGAGAAGUUAUUGAUGAAAUUCAGACGUGUGGACUUCAACAAAAAAUAAAAAAAACAGAUGAAUUAGAUACACGGCUAGAGGGUACCGAUCAAACAAUACAGAUGCUUCAGCAGAAACAAGCAGAAUUCGAACAUUCUCUUGGUGAUUUAAGAAAUAGUCACCAUCAGCUUCAUCUACAGGUGGAGGAAAUUAAUCAGGAAUUAGUUAGAAUGAAAUCAAAUGAACUUUAUUCUAAAACAAGACCGGAGCACGAGGACAAACUAAAGUACAUUGGCGAAAAGAAAGCCCUUCAAAGAGACCUCAUUUACCUGUAUAACAAUCACUAUAGAGGGAUACCUGUACAUCCAUUAAUGCAAGAAAAAGAAUUAAUGGUGGAUAAAACAUUUGUAAAACCUACAAUAAGAAAAGUCAAAUCAAAGCAGAGUAAUGAGUCUGACAUAACAUCGUUCAAAGAUAUAUUUUGUUCAGAGAAUAAACGCAAUCAAAAUAUAUACAUAACCGGCAAGGCAGGAAUUGGAAAAUCGGCAAUAUGUAAAAAAUUUAUAAGUGAAUGGUGUAAGAUGCAUGGGACAAACACAGAGCAAACUAGACCUGAUAUAUUGGACACAAGUGACCCGUUAGAAAUAGCUUUAGAGAUGAAACCGUUCGAAUUCCUUUUCUUUGUAUCUCUCAGACAUUGCAAAGAUGAGGAUAGUCUUAAUGAUAUGAUCAAGAAUCAGAUAUUACAGACUCGACGGUACAAAGAUCUGUUUGAGAGGAUAUUAGAGGAAGACUCUGACAAAUGUCUUAUCAUGCUGGAUGGUUUAGAUGAAUGGGACAAUAUUAAAAGAAAUGCAGUUCCUCGAAGAAAUUUAAUGUCUAAAUACUCAGUUAUCACAACAACACGUCCAUGGGUUCUUGAAAAACUUCGCCUGAAGGAAACAGAGAUAGAUAUUAACAUCGAACUGCUUGAAUUUAGUACUUCGUCAACAAACAAGUUGGCUGAAAUCAUGAUUACGCAUUUGAAUGCUGCUUUAAAACGUAGUAGAUUAUUAAACUGUUUUGAAAAAGAAGUACUUGUUAAAAACUUGAAUGAAUUAAGCAAAAUACCUAUACUACUUCAGCAAAUGGUUUGUGUCUGGCACGAUGAAGAAAGCCUAGGGAAGUCACAAUGCGAUAUAUACAGUAGUAUGCUUAAAUUGCUGAUUCAAGUCGCUGAACAUAACAAAAAGUUACACUCCCCAUUGAAUGAAUCAGAGUCAAAUGUUUUCCCACCCUGUUUUCAAGAAAAAACGGAAUGUAUUACAUACGGGCUUCUUAUAUUAUCUCUUGCAAAAGUUGCUUUUGUGACAUUGUUCACUGAUCAGCAAUUGGCUUUUCCCAGUUCUCAGACAGAAAUUUGUGGAAUGUCUACCUCACAGUUGGACCAAUGUCUAGCUAUUGGAAUUCUAACACAAAAUGAAGCUGUUGGUAUCAAAGCUGUAACCAGGUACAAGACCUUGGCUUUUAUUCACAAAACCUUUCAAGAGUUUCUGGCUGCACUUCAUAUAGCCGUUUACGCUAGAGACAAAACUCUUUCAAGAAGUAUUUUUGAUUCUAUAGACCGAUCGUGCAAGUCAUUCCAUGACGUGCUCUCAUUCUCAUUGGUAUUUAAAUUUUUAUGUGGUAUGAAUCCAGUCAUUUGUAAGGAAAUAUCAAUGCGCGUCCAAAAUGUUAUUGUUCGGGAGAGAAACACAAGUGAUUCGUUAUCUUUGUCUUCAACGUAUAGCAAAAGUUUAUAUGCCACAAUAUGUGGACGUCUCAUAUAUGAAGCAAAUGACGUUAUCACCAGAAUGAAUGCACUAUUUUUGGACUGGAUUGAUGAAAGCAAGAGAUGUGGACAUGAAGACAUACAGCUUGUUUGCUCAGAGAUAACUGAUCUGGAACUAUAUAAACACGUUGAUCACGAAUACGUGCAAACGUUGUCAUUGAAUUACACAGACCUUUCGUCGUCUCGGGCAGUACAUCACAAAGGGCCACUGACAAGUUUGCAUAUCUCUGAUUCUUCAUUUCUUGCAGUGGUCGACAGUAUAUCUAAAAUCUUUGUUCGAUCUCACAAUACAUUGACAAAGCUACAUCUUGAUUUCAAUGAUACAGGUAUAGAUGAGAGUAGACAUACCAUUUUUGAAAAUGUAUGUCGCUCUUUAAGUCAAAUGAUACAGUUACAAAAUGUUGCAUUCACGAACUUUCGCUGUUAUAAUGACACUUGGUCGGCACAAUUGUCUUUGCUUAUCUCAAACCUAAAACUACUAAAGUCAUUAUACCUAGAAAACAUGGGGACAGUUGGUAUGUAUGGAAAUGUAAGUGAUGAUAAACCGAUUGACCUAAGUUCACACAGACAUCUUGUGCAUAUCCAUAUCCUGCAUUGUGAUAUUGGUUUUUCUGUACCAGAUCAAGUUAAAGUCAUAUGUCUAGACGAUAUGUCAGGGAGAAACACAAUUCGAUACGUAGGGAAUAUCAAGGAAUUGGAAGUACUCACGUUCCUUCCGUUUGUGGUAUACGAGCCAUAUAUGAGCGGUAUGUUCUACAAAGAUGGUGACGUCAUUUCAUCUCUCACACAUGCUUUGCCUUCAUUCACCUGCCUGAAGCAUCUUCAGAUAUCUGCUGUAGAUUUUAGAGGACACAAUCUUAUGUUAUCACGGAAUUUAAAUUGUUUACUAACUUUAGUGUUAAACAACAUACUCAUCGAGGAUGGAAGGCUCCUCAAUUUUUUGCAAAGCACCCCAAUCUCUUUUGAUAUUGAUCGUUGCUGUCCGGAAUCACCUUGCAUGAAAGAUUUGUUUAUUCUGAGGGUUAAAAUGGUAUUUCAUGAUGAACAAGACACAAACACCGACUGUCGUGGUAUAGACAUUCUAUCAGAUGAAACAAGGAAAUGUGUCCAGCAACUGAUAGACAAACAAUCGUUGGUUGUUUUUCAAGUACUGAAACCAUAUAAACGAAGAGUAUAA